UAUUCUCUCCUCUCAUUUUCUAUAUUUUUCCUAUCCCUCCUCACUUAUCUAUAAAUAAACACUACCAAAACCAUUCACAAAUCACACUUACUCUUUUAUUAUUACUAUCUCUCCCUUUUUCUCUCUAUAUAUAUAAAUAACCACUCCUUUCUCUUCUACCUCCUAACCCCUCUCUUUCUCUUUCUAUUUCUUUGUUGCUGGUGUAAGAUAACCAAAUCCAAAUCCAAAUCAACAUCAACAUAACAUGGAAACACCCCCUGAACAACAACAACAACAACAACAACAAGUUUCUUUAGGCUCUAAAGAACACACAAAUAUCAUAAAAGGAAAAAGAACCAAAAGGGUAAGACCACAAUCUCCUAUUCCUUUCUCAAUCACAGCAAAUUCAUCAACUGCAGAGGGAGAUGGAGAAAGAGAAGAUUUUUACAAUGGUGAUGAUGUUGUCAACAACAACAACAACAACAACAAUACCUCUCCAACAACUUCUUAUGUAACAGGAUUAAUACAAGAGAGUAGUAUGAUUGAUGAAGAACAUGACAUGGCAAAUUGUUUGAUCCUAUUAGCACAAGGACAAUCAAGGGAAUUAUCAUCACCAAAAAACACAACAACUGAGGAAGAUGGUGGAAUGAACUACACAAAAUACAGCAGUAGAAAAUUCAUGGAAGCUGCUAGUUUGGAUUCAGGAAGAGCAGGUUACUAUGUUUAUGAAUGCAAAACAUGUAACAGAACAUUCCCUUCAUUUCAAGCACUUGGUGGACACAGAGCAAGUCAUAAAAAGCCUAAAGCUUUGCCAAUUGCUCAAGACAGAAAGCAACCAUUUUUUGAUGAUGAAGAAUUUCAAUUCAAAACCAACAAUAAUCAUAAAUCAAUUUCUCUUCAAUUCAAUAAGGGAAAUGUGAAUAACAACAAUAAGUCUAAGGUUCAUGAGUGUUCCAUUUGUGGUUCUGAAUUCACAUCUGGACAAGCUCUUGGUGGUCAUAUGAGGCGUCACCGCGCUCCCGUUGGGACUUCUUCUGCAAACACCACACUUUCAUUGACACCAAUGUCUUUGGUUCAUGAAGAUCAUGCUAGAAAGAGAAGAAAUGUUUUGUCUUUGGAUUUGGAUCUUAAUCUUCCUGCACCUGAAGAUGAUCAAAGAGAAUCGAAGUUUGCCUUCGGAAACAAGCAACAGCAACAACAACAACAACACCAGCAGCAACAACAACAACAACAGCAACAAAGUCUUGUCUUUUCUGCACCAGCUUUGGUGGAUUGUCAUUACUGACAAAUUCCACAAGAUGAUCACCAAAUUCAGAUUGCAUUCAAUUUUAGAAAUUAUUACAGUUGUUGUAUGAUCUUAUUAUUUUACAUUAUUAUUCUUUUCAUUCUUUAUCAACUUGAACAAGCACCUGAUAAUUUUUAUGAAUUCAGUUGUUUAUUGAAGAUUUUUUUUUUUUUUAAUUUGUUCUCUGAAAAGUCCUCCACUCAUGUAUAGCUCAUGUUGGGUAUUUUUUUUUUUAUAAAUAUUUUUUUGUUUUUCUCAUUUUUCUGUGCCAAAGAAUGUGAUGAUGUAUUAUGACUGAAGAGAGAAAGAGAGGCAAAAGGGGUAUUUGGUACUA